AUGGAUUGUCAUAAGAAAAUUCAAAUAAAGAUUUGGCAAUUGGUUUUCAUAAUAUUUUUAAGUAUUAUUUGUAUUGUUCUUGCUUUAACUGGAUGGUUUCGUACGAUAGAUCCAGUUGGAUAUCGAAAUUUGACUAAAAUUAAUAACGUUACAAGAAUUUUUAAUGAAAAUAAACGAUUAUUAGCAUCAUUUUUGGAUGAUAUUGGUUCACCACCUAAGCUUAAUAAUCCGCAGUCUUAUGUACAAUGGACAGUACUUCAAAUGAAUGAUGUUUAUGAAUUAAUACCAUUAGGUGGUGGCACGAAAGGUGGUUUAGCACGUGUAGCAACAAUUCGACAAUUACUUUUAAAAGAAAAUCCAAAUACAAUUACAAUUUUAUCCGGUGAUAUUGUUAGUCCCUCAGCUUUAGGUAAUAGUAUAGUAAAUGGAUCAAUGUUAAAUGGUAAACAGAUGAUUGCUACAUUAAAUGUCCUUGGUCUUGAUUAUGCUACAUUAGGUAAUCAUGAAUUUGAUUUAAAAGUUGAAUCAUUACGACGUCGUUUAAAUGAAUCUCGAUUUCAAUGGAUAGCAUCGAAUGUUUAUGAACGUAAUACAACAAAAUCAUUUCAUAAUGUUUUACCAUAUAAAAUUAUAACUAUGAAAAAUAUAAAAAUUCUUCUUAUUGGUUUAACAAUUGAUGAUAAUAUGGGACCACCAACAGCUGAACGUUAUGUUACAAUAACACCUCAACGAGGUUUACCAGAAUUUACACAUCAACUUUUAAAACAUCUUCGUGAGAAUUUAAAUUUAAAAUGGGAUAUCAUAAUAUGUUUAACACAUUUAAAUAUGCAAAAUGAUAUUGAAAUAGUUGAACAUAAUCCAUCGAUUGAUGUACUUAUGGGUGGACAUGAACAUGAAAAUUAUUAUUUAAAACGUGGAUCAAAACAUACUCCAAUAUAUAAGGCAGAUGAUAAUGCAUUCUCGGUAUUUAUUCAUCGUUUUGCAUAUCAACCAAAAACAAAACAAUUAUUAAUUUUUUCUAAAUUAACACAAGUAUCAAGACGUUUUAAAGAUGAACCUGAAACAGCUAAAAUAGCAGAUUAUUUCUAUCAAGCUGGUUUACAAGCAUAUAGAGUUGCUGAUAAAGAAAGAAGUAGUUCACUAAUGGGAUUUUAUUCAUCGCGACAACUUUUUUGUCAUAUUAAAACAUUCUUUCGAAGUUAUGUACCGGAACAUGUAGUUUGUGUUUUACCAGCCGGACUUAAUUUUGAUGGUCGUUCAGCAGUAAUACGUUCUCAACAAACACACUUAACACGUGCAUUAUGUAAGGCAAUGAUGGAUGCAGUUCAUACAUCAAUAUGUGUAUUUAAUGCAGGUGCUAUUCGUCUUGAUGAUCAAUUGAUGGGUACAAUAACUCAGUAUGAUAUAUUACGUUGUUUACCAUUUCUAACUAAUAUAACAUCAGUACGUGUUGAUGGUAUAACAUUAGUUAAAGCUUUAAAUCGUGGUUUACAUAAUAUCAAUACUGGCAUGUUUGUAACCUAUAGUGGUUUAGAAUACGAUGCGACUCUAGAAAAAUGGUUUCUUCUUUCACCACGACAACCACUUGAAGAUGAAAAUUUAAUAUUAACAAUUGCUUCUAUACCUUAUUUUAUACAGAAUACUGAAUUAAGAAAUGCAUCAGAAGCACAACCUACAAAUAUAACAAUGACACGAGCUUUUAUUGAUUAUCUUGAGAAAAAUUAUGCAAAAGUAACACAUCAUAAAUUACCAUAA